AUGUUGAUUCAAUCAACAAUGAUAAUCGAUAAGAGCCAUCAAUACUUUAUUGGAUAUAUAUCAGUAUCAAUAGCAUUAAUAAGCUGGUCAGCUUAUAGCUCCCUUGAGAUAUCUCCAAAUGCUUUCACAUUUUUGAUUGAAUUUACGGAUGGUUAUAAGUUAGGAAUAUUGCUUAACUUUUUAUUUCUAUCAUUUGUCUUAAGUGGCAAAUUAAUACAAAUAUUGUUAUUUGGACAUUUAAGAAUUAUAGAGGUUGAACAUCUUGUUGAAAAAUUGCCAAUAUACUUCAUCAACUUGUUAUUUAAUUUAACAACUAAUGAUAACAAUCUAAUCUUAAAUUGCUUACUAUUGGGCAUAGCAGUCAGUUUCAAGAUCUUUCAUGUCAUUCUUAUAGAUCGGUUAGACUACGUUCAUAUGAAGAUUUUUAAUAAUUCUUCAAAUGAAAGGUAUACGACUUCCAAAGUUUUACAAAAAUAUCUGACAAGUUUGUAUUUUUGGUUAAUUUUAUCGUUUAUUAUAAGUGAUUUUGCAGUUGCUAAAUUCUUAGUUUAUGACGUUUUUCAGGGAAUUAACUCUGUUACAUGCUUAUUGUUUGGGUUUCAGUUUGCUGUUCAAGGGGUAGAAGCAUUAACGUAUUAUUCGAAAUUACUAUUAAAUAUUUAUGAACUUGCAUUUUAUCGCAACCAACAGGAUGAUUUGGAUACAGAUGAAGAAAACGAGGAAGAAUUAGAUGAAGAAGAAGAGGAGGAGGAUAAUGAAAGAGUUUGGGAUAAUAAAGCUUUCUUUAGCAAAAGCAUUGACAUAUGUUCUGCGUCCUUGAAGGCAAUUUCAUAUUUAGGAUUUAUUUACUUACUAACGAUUCAUUCGGGGUUGUCCUUGCCAAUUUCUAUGCUUCAGGGAACAUACUUGUCUUUGAAGCAAACUUACAAAGAGAUAUCACAAUUAUUCGCUUUCAUUGAAUCUUCUAAAAAGUUAGAUAGCCAAUUACCUAAUGCGACAAAGGACGAAUUAGAAUCGUCUGACAACUUAUGCAUUAUUUGCAGGGAAGAUAUGUUCGCAUUAGAUGAAUAUGAAAGAGCUCACCAUAAAAAAUUAUCUUCUAGGAGAUACCCCAAAAAAUUGAAAUGUGGUCAUAUUCUUCAUAUGGGUUGCUUGAAGGAUUGGCUUGAGAGGUCGGAAAUUUGCCCAUUAUGUAGAAGAAAGGUGUUCCAAGCUGAAGAAAAUGAUUUACAAGAGCAUGCACAGACACAAGCGCAUCCACAGCCAGAAGCACAAGCACAACCAGAAGCACAACCAGAAGCACAACAAGAAGCACAGCCAGAAGCACAGCCAGAAGCACAAUUACAAGUACCCCCAGAAACUCAACAAGCACAACCUACGCGAAUCAACCAAGAGGAUACAAGAAUAAAUGUUGUCGACCAAACACAGCGAAAUCAAAAUAUUUUAAAUCAGCUUAAUAUUCCCGCAGAGUAUCCGGAGCCUACAAUUACUCCACCUCCUACAAGAACAACAGAACCAUCCGAAGUAUUUCAAACGAUAAGACUCCCAACGACAGCUAUAAUUCCUCAAGAUUGGACAAUUCUUCCUUUACAUAAAUCAACAAAUGACAAAUAUAAAAUCGAUUUUUCGUCAUUUAAUCAAGGAACGCUCACCAUAAAACAGAAACCACCUGGUAAUGAGUUGAGUAUAAUUGAGCCAAAUUUAUCCUCUUCCAGCCAUGAUGAAAUACGUAUUAAUGACACCAGAAAUACUAACUACACUAAUGAUUCUAGUUAG